CAGUAUGGACACGCGAUCGGUACGAGAACUGAGAACGGCAAGCAUGAUAUUAUAAAUAAAUAAAUGGAUAAUACGGUAUAUAGAUUUGCUAGCUUUAACUGCAAAAACGUAAAGCGCUCAAUAGAUACUGUUAAGGAGUUGUGCCGAACCUGCCAUAUUGUCGCUUUGCAAGAAACUUGGCUAUCUCCUGAAGAUACUGUAUUCCUGAAUACAAUUGACGAGGAUUACUGCGCAACUGGGACGUCUGCCAUGAAUACCGGCGAGGGCAUGUUGGUCGGUCGUCCGUACGGCGGGGUUGGCCUCUUAUAUCGUAAAUCGGUGUUUCAAAAUGUUUCUGUUGUGCGGUGCGAUAAUGCUCGUUUGUGCGCGAUCAAAAUUAUGACAAAUGACAAUCAACCGUUAUUAGUGGUCAGUGUAUACAUGCCUACGGACUGCAGUGACAACUUGGGCGAAUUCACGGACUGCUUGGGAGCGGUGAGUGCGAUAAUUGAUGAGUGUGGGAUAGAAUCAGUAUACAUAAUGGGCGAUUUUAACGCUCAUCCGCACGAACGUUUCUAUAAUGAGUUGAUUAAGCACUGCGACGAACAAAAAUGGUGCUGUAUGGACGUGGAUAAGUUGGGGAUUACGUCAGAUACCUACACUUUUUUUAGUGAUGCGCAUUUAUGUAGAAGAUGGUUGGAUCACUUUGUACUAUCGCAGUCGGCGGUGCUCUCCGUUCGCAAUGUUUAUGUAAAUAACAAUUGUGUUACGUGGUCGGACCAUUUUCCUAUAUUUUUGGAAUGUGACCUUAAUGUUAUAGUUCCUAGACUCUCUAGAACAACAAGACAGGUUCACGUAGAUAAAAAUGUAAUAUGGGGGGAGAGAACGACGGAACAAAUUGUUGUUUAUCGCAACGAAUGUCAUCAAAGACUGCGUUUAAUAAAUUUUCCAAUAGAAUUAGAGUCCUGUGCCGAUAGGUAUUGUCAGGAACAGGGACAUAAAAAAGUUUUGGACCGGCUAUAUGAGGAAAUCGUUGGUGCGCUUAAGAGUGCAGCGACUGUCGGUCGGGGAGACAGGAAACCGAGGGCUAAGAAACGGAUUGUAGGUUGGAACAAACAUGUUAGUGCCGCUCACCGGGUCGCUAGACAAAGGUUUUAUGAUUGGAUAAUGGCUGGAAAGCCUGAAAGUGGUAUUCUUUUUAAUGAAAUGCGUGACAGUCGCAAGGUCUUUAAAUCGCGCUUGAAAUGGUGCCAAGAUCAUGAAGAUCAAAUAAAGAUGGACAUAAUUACCUCUCAUAAUUCAAAGAAGAAUUUCCGCUCCUUUUGGAAGGCCACAAAUAAAUUAAAACCUUUGAGUGGUCACCCGGCUAGCGUGGGGGGCGUUAGUGAUCCUAAAAGCAUUGCCAACCUCUUUAAGGAUCAUUUCGUUAUAAAAUCGGCUUUAGGCCCAACGAAGCUGGGGGGGCUCGAUAGUGAGACCGAGAUAGAGAGUGUGGGUCCUAGCCUUACUGCUAAGGACAUUGCCAAAAUUAUAAAAUCAAUGUCUGGAGGUAAAUCCCCGGGAUACGACGGUCUCUCUAUUGAGCACCUCCAACAUGCAGGUCCCCACAUAUCGAGAGUGUUGGCAAUGUUUUAUACCUUGUGUAUUAGGCAUUCUUAUCUGCCAGAUAAUCUAAUGCGGACGAUCGUCGUACCUAUUGCCAAAAACAGGACCGGAGACCUGGCGGAUAGGAGUAACUACAGACCCAUUUCGUUGGCAACAGUCAUGGCAAAAAUACUUGAUAGUGUGCUUAAUUCCCAGUUAAAUAGCCAUGUUAAACUGCAUGAUAACCAACUAGGUUUUCGACCACAGUUAUCUACAGAGUCGGCGAUCCUGUGUCUUAAGCACACUGUCAGGUAUUAUGCCAAAAGUAAAACCCCGGUGGUGGCGUGUUUCCUCGAUCUAUCUAAGGCUUUUGACCUGGUUUCCUAUGACCUACUGUGGAAAAAGCUGGAAAAUACAAGUUUACCGCAGGAAACCAUUCGCAUUUUUAAGUAUUGGUAUGGAAACCAGGUCAACAGUGUUAGAUGGGCAGACGCGUUGUCCGAUGAGUACAGGUUGGAGUGCGGGGUGAGACAGGGGCGGUUGACCUCACCUACGCUCUUUAACCUGUACAUCAACGGACUAAUCGAGGCGCUCAGUAGAACCCAUGUCGGCUGUCAUGUGGAUGGAGUCUGUGUUAAUAACAUAAGUUAUGCAGACGACAUGGUUCUGUUGAGCGCGUCAGUGUGUGGAAUACGCAAACUCUUGAAAAUUUGCGAAGCGUAUGUUACUGAGCAUGGCCUUAAAUAUAAUGUGGCCAAAAGCCAGCUUAUGGUGUUUGAGUGCGGUCGCAAGAACACAACGGAAGUCCCUGGGGUUUGCCUCAAUGGUACCCCUAUAGAUAGAGUGGACCAUUUUAAGUACUUAGGCCAUGUGAUCGCGACCGACCUCAAAGACGACAGGGACAUAGAAAGGGAACGAAGGGCCCUGUCGGUCCGGGCGAAUAUGAUCGCUCGCAGAUUUGCAAGGUGCUCCAAAGAGGUGAAAGUUACAUUGUUCAGGGCGUUUUGCACUUCCCUCUACACCUGCAAUCUGUGGGCUCAGCAAAAAGAAAAAAUCAUACAUUUAAGGGUUACAUUUGAAUCGGCCUCGUUAUCACCCUCUUUAACUGUGACAUCUUUGGCCGCAGCCUUGGUACCUUCGUCACUAUAG